AUGAGCAGUAAUAAUAAUCAUAACAAUAGUGCAGACGAUAAGAAAACAAAGGCAAAAAUGGCGAUACAAAGGUCAGAUAAAACAAAAAUUGGUAGAACUUCUACUGAAAAUUAUAAUUCCUUGCGAGAAGAAAGUUCAAAAUCACGUUCUGUUGUUGCCGGGAGCAAGGAGACUUUGAGAGGUAGUUCCAAGUCUACUACUAGUCAAAAUAAUGGGGACAUUGUCAAUAAAAAGCCUAUUUCUACGAAUGGUAACCCGAAAUUGGGUGGAGGCGGAGGAGCGGUUAGAGGUUUUAUUAAUAAUAGCGUAAGGAAGCAUGCUUCCGUUGGUGAUCAUUCGAGAACUCCAUAUAGCAAAAAUUUAUCCAUUAAUAAAAGUUCUGCAACGACAACGUCAUCGACGAUGAAUGGUAAUAGACACUUGCCGAGAGAAAGUAUUCAUUCUAUUGAUGGUUCGAAAAGCGGUGCUAUUGUUCGGAAAAAUAGUAAUGGAAAGAGUGCAAUCACGAGAGAUAGCAGCAACACGAACGAUCAUAAGAAAAGUCUUAAAAGAACAUCAUCAGAGUCACCGGAGUCAGCUAACAAUAAGAGAACAGAAUUACUUAAUAUUCGAGAAGGAAGCGCGGUGCCCUCUUUCAAAGCAAUUAGUAGAACGCCAAGACCUUUAGCGCGACCCGCACCAAGUCUUUUGAAAGCAGAUACAUCUCGAUCUAGUUGUGAUACUCUUUCAGCUUCAUCUCAUAAACUUACAUCAAGUUCUUCUCUUUCUCAUUCGACACAAAAACCACCUUCUCUGACAAAUCGCACAUCAUUACCCUCAAAAUUCUCACCAUUGAUGUCAAAGACACCUGUAUCGCCAAGCACACAAAAAUCAAAGACAGCAAAUCAAACAUCCAAUAAUAAUAAACAUCUGCCAGGAAGGCGACCGAUUGCGAGACCUACAGGAUCUGUAAACAAUAAUAGUAAUAAUGGCGUAACUGAAAGUCUAAGCGUUUCAACUAUUAAAGAAGAAAAAAAGUCUCGGUCUCGACAAGUUUCUUCUCUCGAUGAACAACGACCACAAUCACGACAAAGUUUGUCGUCUGCUGCUACAUUGCGGAAGAGACCAGAUCGAGAGUUCUCGUCAGAACAACGUCCUGCAAAGCGCCCUGUCACUGAGCAAAAAAAUAGCCUUCAGGCUGUUUUGCGUGAUGUCUUUGGUUAUGAUAAACGAAAGUAUCGAGAUUAUUAUUCAGAUGACGACGAGAUGGAGGUUUCCGGGUUCGAGGUACUGCGCGAAGAAGCAAGAAGUGCUAAGAUCGGUUAUCAAGAAGACAAGAGGGAAGAAAUGCUUGAACGCCAAAGGUUGAUGAUAAUGCAGCAAAAAUCAAAAACUUCACGACCUUUGGCUACAGGCGGUGCUCCUCGAAAAGGAUGUAAAUAA